CUGCCCGAAGGCCUUCCAUCUGGGUUAGUAUUCUUUUACCCCCAGCGGAUCCGGACCCCUUUUCACCCUCUUCCCUUCUCACUUCACUUUCACCUUGAUUGCUUCACUAUAAACUACCUCGCCGCUCUUUUCAUUUUCUUUUUUCAUUCCUUCUUUAUUUUCUUGUUUGGGGCUUCUAUUCUUGCACAUCACUCUACUGUUUAAUUUUUAAUUCUUAAUAUCUGAUACUAAUCUUAUUCUCUCUUUAGCUUCGGCCACCUACGGUUCUACCCUGGUUCUCUGGCCUACCCUCCUUCCAGUAUCACGACUAUUGUCAUUACUGGCCAUUCCUUAAUUCCCAACUAAUUCCACUCAUUAAUACUCUAAUCUUUAACGACUGUCACUCUCUUAAAUCCGUCGUCUGAAAGACCCUCGUCUGGGUGUUUCGUCUCAACCCUUUCUCGCAAACAUGGCUUAUCAGAAGCGCCCUACAUCCAGCUACCAGCCGUGUGACACGUUUUUCGUCGAGUCGUACGAUAACGUCCCCGCGCCCCGCAUGGACCCCAAGGAACAUGCCAAGUUCAUUGCCCGGGAGCGUCAGUACGCCAUCGCGGAUGAGCUGUCCCGGAUCACUAGCGAUGAGUUCCGUGAGGACAUUGUGUCUCACAUGCUGGACAUGGAUGCGGCAACCCUCCCCGAUGUCGAGUCGAUCGAUAUCCAGACCGAGAUCCAGUGGUUCAUGCGUCCCUACCUCCUUGACUUCCUCAUCGAAGCCCACACCGCGUUCCAGCUGCUGCCGUCGACCUUGUUCCUGACGAUCAACCUGCUCGACCGGUAUUGCUCCAAGCGGGUGGUCUACAAGAGGCACUACCAGCUGGUGGGUUGUGCGGCACUCCUGAUCGCAGCCAAGUAUGGAGACAAAAAGGACCGUGUGCCCACGAUCAAGGAACUGAAGUCCAUGUGCUGCUCGCUCUACGAUGACGACAUGUUCAUCCAGAUGGAAUGGCACGUUCUGCAGACCUUGGGGUGGACCAUCGGACACCCAACCGUGGAUAGCUUCCUGCAGGUCGCUGUCCUGGAUACUGCGUACGAUCCCGAGGUCGAGCACAUGGCUCUGUACAUUGCAGAGAUCGCCCUGUUCCACCGGGAAUUCGUUUCGAAGCCAUCCUCCGACCUCGCUCGGGCCUCGCUGGCUCUGUCGCGGUGUAUCCUUGACCGACCCCAACCCCGGCACACGGAGUGGGCCUCGCAGUACGAUUCGAUGACGUUGGUGGGACUGUCCCAGCAGCUGCACCAGCCGUCUCAGGUCCUCUCCCGAAAGUACUCGUCCACCCACUACUCCCGGGUGUCUCGCAUUCUGGAGCAGUUCCUUGCCCGCCAGGCGUCCAUCGCCACCUACGCUCCUCCUAGCCCGCCGUCGGAUAUGGUCACCGUGGAGUCCAAGCCCUACGAGGGCGAGAUCGGCCUGGCGACGCCACAGAAGGCGCCGCACCCGUCGAACAUGCCGCACGGCUACAUCACCCCGCCGAUCACACCGGAGAACGAUGUGUUUGUCACUGGCGGUAACUCCUACAUCAAGGUGGCCGGGACCAGUGCCUGCUCGCCUUCACCGACGCCCCCACCCAAUGUGCAGUAUGUGAGCGGCCACGCGUACCCGCAGGAGACCGCAUACUCGCAACAAUACCUCCAGCCUCAGAUGUCCUUCAAUGCAGGCUACUGAGGACAUUUUUGUCCAUAUUGUACCAUCAAACUGCUUGAACAGCAACAUGACGUGCGUCAAAAGCGUCCUGUUCCAUAUCUGCCGACCUGGCAUCGUCUAUCAUUAAACCGUGGCCUGUGGGCCGGAACCGAACUGGAUAUCAUCCCGAUUGGGAUUUCCUUGUUUUAUUCCCCAUUUCAUUCUGUUUCUUUUUC